ACCAACCCAAAAGGCCACCAGCAACCAUCUUCUUUCUCCUUCUCCUUCUACAAUCGUCGGUUCCUUUCUUUUGAUCUCACCAUCUCCGACUCCCUUCCACAUCAAAGUCCUUGGUUGCAGUCAAUCGGGAAGCCAUCACCCACACUCACCUUCUCGAACCACUGCCGCAGUCCAGCAUCACCUACUCCCGGCGAGUGAACAGCAGAACAGAAGCAAAUGAAGCCGGAUCUAUUGGUUGGUGACGGAGGUGCUAUUCACGCGAUGACGCCGAGAAGAAGCUUCCUGAGAACUCCUAGUUUGACUGCAGAUCUGAUCAGUUUUUUGUUCAGAUCAUUCUUUCAGCCAAAAGGGGAUUCGAUAUGGGCUGUUUUUCUGCAUAUCAAGGCCCAAAAUCACAUUUCAAAAGUCCGGGAUAUUUAGAUCCAAAUGGGCAGUUCCAACGAGUAUUGGCCUGUUGAGUGUUUUAGAAUAGUUUGAGAAAAUGUCCUCGGAAGGAACAGAAAGUGUGGUUGGGAGUGAGGUGAUGCCUUUAGACUAUGGGAGCAUGGACGCAGAGACUAGUCCAUCUCCAUCUGGUUCGGAGAAAACGGUGGAGGGGGUGAGAGGAGAUGAGGUGGUGGAGGUUGGGGGGAACGAGGUGGUAGGGGUUAAGGGAGAUAGCAUUCCCAUCACCGUAGUAGAAGUAGAGGGUAGAGGAGAGAGAGAUUAUGAUGCGAAUGCAGAGGUGGUAGAGGAGGUAAAGCAGUAUAGAUCCGAACUAAGGACCAAGGAUAGCCUGGGUCACUUAGUGGAAAAUUACGAGAUCUCUUCUCGGGUGCUAGUUAGGCCAGCUGGGGUAGAGGAGAGGGCGUGCUCUGCUCCUCGGGAUCACUGGAUGCCUGUGUAUUCCCACUAUUUGAUAGCGAGACUCAGGUUUCCACUUCCCGAGCUGCUAGGGGGAAGUAGGAGGGAUAAGGGGUGGUAUUAUUUCACCCCUAGGGUAGCUAGGAAGGAGAGUAGGGCGUUGUUUACAGCAGGUCCUUCAUCCAUUAAAGGAUGGAAGGAGAAAUUCUUUUUUGUGGAUGAUACGGAGUGGGGGAAGGGGGGUGCCGAGGUGAGGGAGUUAGCCUCCUGGAAGGCCAAAAGGGCCAACCAGAAUAGGUUUAGCUUAAAUGAGGAUGAGGAGGAAGAAGUAAGGAAGUUGGUGAGGAAGGGGGGAGAUUUGUUGAAUAUUAUGGACCUCACCAGCGCAGCAUGCAUAGAAGCUGCUGAGCUCUAUGGGCCAAGCGCUCUGAGUGAAGCUGAAAUGGACCAGUUUCUGCACACUGCUGGAGGAAAGGCUAUCCCCAAGAAGCCAAGGAAGAAGUCAAGGACUUCAACCAAGCAAGUGGAUGAGGGGAGGACUGGGAAGGAGAGGAAGGGUUGGGAGGAAAGGAGGGCACUGCAGAAGAAGCAGAGGGUGGUGGAGGAGGAGAGGGGGAAUGAGGUUCUUGAGUUCGUACCUCAGCCUCCUCCUGUUGAGCUGAACCCUGAGCUCAGACGGUUGGAGGAAGGGGCUGAGGUACGGGCUCCUGGUAAGGGAAAGGGCCCUGUUCCCCCAGUGAUGCCUCAGAGCAGCCUGUUCGAGGCGAAGAACAUGACGGGGGCUAGGUGGUUCAUCAACAGCACCUUCCCCGAAGUGGACAAACGCAACGCGCGGGAGGAGGCUCUGAGGUAUGGGGGAGCAUCUGUUGUGAAGCACGUUCUUGAGAGCGCGAGCUGGGUGAAUGGUCUAGCCCAAGAGUUCAUGGAGAGUCUAAGGGAGCGCUCACUCUUGCAGAGGCAGAGAGGCGCAAGAACUAAAGCUGAUGAAGGAGACAUGCAGAUGUUGGUGCACAAUGGGAUGAAGGAGCACAUCAGCAAUUUCAUCAGUUCCAGCUCGUUUGACAGCAUCGUCAACCUGUACCGGCUGCCCACUGCCAUCAUUGCUUUCACAGACUGCAGAAAGAAGGUGAAAGCUGUAUAUCCCGAAGUGGAUGUGACAAAUAUCACCUUCGGCGAGCAAGAAGAGGGAGUAGAGGAGGAUGGCGAGAGCAUGUCAGCAGACUUCCGUCCUCAGAUCAAGCUGAGGUGGGAGCAUGAUGCAGACGGUCUUGCUGUUUUUCCUCCACAAUUCGACUUCGAGUUCGUUGUAGUGGAGGAAGAAGGGGCAGAGGUAGAGGAAGACGGGGUGGAGGCAGGAGUGGAAGGAGCUGAAGUGGAUGAGAGCCAAGCAAUUCCAGAAGUGGAGAUUCAUCCGGUUCCUUCUGACGAUGAGCAGCCUCCUCCGCCAGACGAGCAGCAGCCAACACAGCCACCUCUUCCAGCUGAACAGGAGCCAGUGGAGCCACCUCCUCCAGCAGAGAACUAAUUUUAUUUUUUAAUUUUUUGUAAAGACAUUUAAACAGUUUGUAAUACUUUACUUUGAAUGAAAAUGCAUUUUUGAAAUCAUGUGUUUGUUUGUAUUUGCUUUACAUUUUUGGUAUUAUUUUUUAUUAAUGAAAGAAUUAAGAUUGU